GACGCGCGCUCCCCCGGCAACGGCCGGACGUCGCGAGGCCGCCAGGAACCCGGAAGCGGCGGGCGAAUAGGAGCGAGUGGCGCAGUCAGCGGGGCGGGCUCAGUGCGCGCGGAGGGCGGCGGCGGCGGCAGCAGCAAAGUAGUCCCGGGAGGCAGCGGCCGUUUGGCGGUGGUGCGGUCGGCGCUGGGCGCAGCGCGGGGAACCUCGGCCCUAUCGGCGCGCUCGGACCGGGCGGCCGCACCGCGCGGCCGGGGAGAUGGCGGCGGACAAGGCUGCGGAUCAAGGUACUGAGAAACAUGAAGGAGCAGGUACCUCUGGGAUUACUGAUCAGGAAAAGGAACUGUCAAGCAGUGCAUUACAAGCUUUUCUGGCUGGAAACUAUGAUGCUUGUUUACAACACCUAAAUACCCUUCAAGACAUAAACAAAGAUGACUACAAAAUAACUUUGAAUACUGCAGUUGCAGAGUUCUGUAAAAGUAACCAGACUACAACAGACAAUUUGAGACAAACCCUUAACCAGCUGAAGAACCAGGUUCACUCUGUUGUUGAAGAAAUGGAUGGUUUAGAUGAUGUUGAAAAUAGUAUGCUGUACUACAAUCAAGCUGUUAUUUUGUAUCAUCUGCGUCAGUAUACUGAAGCUAUAUCAGUUGGGGAGAAGCUGUACCAGUUUAUAGAGCCUUUUGAAGAGAAGUUUGCCCAGGCUGUGUGCUUCUUGCUUGUAGACUUAUACCUGCUAACUUACCAAGCUGAGAAAGCCUUGCAUCUCCUUGCUGUUCUGGAAAAAAUGAUUUCACAGGGAAACAAUAACAGCAAGAAUGGAAAAAAUGAGUCAGGUAAUAAUACAAAUAAAGAUUCUUCGAAUCAAAAAGCUGAAAGUGGAGCUUUAAUAGAAGUUGCUAAAUCUAAGAUACAUCAGUAUAAGGUGAGAGCCUAUAUCCAGAUGAAGUCACUAAAAGCAUGCAAAAGGGAGAUCAAGUCUGUUAUGAAUACAGCUGGGAAUUCAGCUCCUUCUCUCUUUCUUAAGAGCAAUUUUGAGUAUUUGAGGGGCAAUUAUCGUAAAGCCGUCAAACUUUUAAACAGUGCAAACAUUGCUGAACAUCCAGGCUUCAUGAAAACAGGUGAAUGCUUAAGGUGUAUGUUCUGGAACAAUCUUGGCUGCAUCCACUUUGCAAUGGGAAAGCACAAUUUAGGAAUUUUUUACUUUAAAAAAGCCUUGCAAGAAAACGAUAAUGCGUGUGCACAGCUAGGAACGGGCAGCUCAGAUCCAGGUAAAAAAUUUUCAGGGAGACCCAUGUGUACGCUACUGACUAACAAACGGUAUGAGUUGCUCUACAAUUGUGGAAUUCAGCUCUUGCAUAUUGGGAGGCCCUUAGCUGCCUUUGAAUGCCUGAUUGAAGCAGUCCAGGUUUAUCACUCAAACCCUCGUCUUUGGCUGAGAAUAGCAGAAUGCUGCAUUGCUGCCAAUAAAGGGACAUCAGAACAAGAGACUAAAGGCCUUCCCAGCAAAAAGGGAAUUGUGCAAUCUAUAGUAGGUCAAGGCUACCACCGUAAGAUAGUCCUAGCAUCCCAGUCAAUACAGAAUGUUGUUUAUAAUGAUGGGCAGUCCUCAGCAAUACCUGUAGCCAGUAUGGAAUUUGCAGCGAUUUGUCUAAGAAAUGCCUUGCUGCUACUGCCAGAAGAUCAGCAGGAGCCAAAGCAGGAAAAUGGAUCUAAAACUAGUAAUCAGCUGGGGGGAAAUACAGAAAACAGUGAAAGCAGUGAAGCAUGCAGCAAUAAAAGUCAUGAAGGGGAUAAAUUCAUUGCAGCUCCACCGUCUUCGCCUUUGAAGAAACAGGAAUUAGAAAAUUUAAGGUGCUCAAUACUUGCGUGUAGUGCUUACGUGGCUCUGGCUUUGGGUGAUAACCUUAUGGCAUUGAAUCAUGCAGAUAAACUUCUUCAGCAACCAAAGCUGUCAGGGUCUCUUAAGUUUCUUGGGCAUUUGUAUGCAGCAGAAGCUCUCAUCUCUUUAGACAGAAUAUCUGAUGCCAUCACUCACUUGAACCCCGAGAACGUCACUGAUGUUUCCCUCGGGAUCUCUUCAAAUGAGCAGGACCAAGGGUCUGACAAAGGAGAGAAUGAGGCAAUGGAAUCUUCUGGCAAGCAGACCCCACAGUGUUACCCCAGUUCGGUCACAUCUGCACGAACAAUGAUGUUAUUUAACCUCGGAAGUGCUUACUGUUUGAGGAGUGAAUAUGACAAAGCUCGAAAGUGUCUUCAUCAGGCUGCUUCACUGAUCCACCCCAAAGAGAUCCCUCCAGAGGCUAUUCUGCUGGCUGUAUAUCUUGAAUUACAGAACGGUAACACGCAGCUGGCCCUGCAGAUCAUCAAGAGAAACCAGCUUCUCCCUUCUGUCAAAACACUCUCCGACAUGCGGAAGAAGCCUGUGUUUCAGCCAGUCCACUCAAUCCAGCCCAUUCAGAUGCCAGCUUUCACCACUGUUCAAAGGAAGUGAAGUCCUGCUUCAACGUGCUGCUGCCCUGCCCAUGAGGGCUUGGGAUUUUGUAUAUUGUUUUUUAACCUAGGACACCUGCAUACCCCAGUUGCUGGAGUGUGUUCAUUUCUGUAAAUUUUUAAUAAAACAUGUAAACAAAAAGGCA